AGGCAUCCGACCUCGCCGCCGACCUCGCGUCCGCCGUGGGCCCCCCCGCCGCCUCCGAGCUCGUCGCGCGCCUCGCCCACGUCCUCUCCUCGGGUUCUCUCGUCAAGCACUUACACAUGGUACGUGUGCCGCUACUCCGUGCUACGCUGUGCUGAGAUGCAUGCUAGUUAUGGUCAGCGGUUAUGGGCUGCUGGGCAGGGAGAGGUGGUGAUUUUUAUUUUUUUUUUGCGGGUAAGAGGUGGUGGAUUUUAGAAAUAAUGCUACAUUGGGUAUGUUGCCUGCAAAUAGUUUUAAGUGGAAUGGUUGAAAGGAAAUUAUUCAAACUGUGUGAAAGAAUGUGGUGAAUAGUCCAGGAUUUACUAUUUAGUGAGCAGUCGGAACCAAUUUUUUUGCUGCAGAAAACAUGGCGUCUCACAUUCUUUGAUUGUACAACUCUGAUAUGGUAAAUUGGUAAUGGCGCAUAGCCAAGAGCUUGAUUGGACACACAUGUAGCAUUUCUUAUUAUCGGCAGAGUAUUCAUGAUCUAUUUGCUUCCAUUUUGGACAUUUUAGUGUUGAUGAAGUUUUUUUUGAAGUGUCUUACACAUUGUUGCUGCUUUAUACUACUCCCUCCGUCCGGAAAUACUUGUCACCAAAAUGAAUAAAAGGGGAUGUAUCUAGAUGUAUUUUAGUUCUACAUACAUCCCUUUUUGUUCAUUUUGAUGACAAGUAUUUUCGGACGGAGGGAGUAUUUAUUAAUUUUCAUCAUGCACAGUUCUAUGCUCUCGAUUACCGAACAUGUAUGAACCUAUUUUAUUACUACAGUUUCUGAUUUUCCAACUCCUAGCCAGGAUCAUACAAGUUGCAUCAUGUGAAUCAUGCCUCUUUCUUUCUUGUUCACAUGUAGCAGUGUCUUGUUUCCAUAGUGUACAGCUAUAUUCUGCUAGUGAAACUAUCAUGCGAUUUUGUGGUCUUCAUAUGCUUGCAUUUUAUUGUUUGAUGUUUUCUGUGGCACCAUCGGUUUCAUUCAUCUCAUCUGUAAUUUCUAGUUCUCUAUGUUCUUAGUACUCGUAUGCACAUUACAUAUCUUUUCCUUACAUUUUGUUACCUUCAUAUGGACCGAGUUACAACUAGAGAGAAGCAUCAGUUAGAUCCAUUGUGGGUAUUUAUCUCCUUAGUUCCCCUCCAAUUUUGGUCUAGAAUAUUUUGCAAUAAAGUAUAUUUGGAACUUGGAAGUGCUAAUAGGGAUGCUUAUUAUAUUUACUACUUGAAAUUUCCAUCUAGAGAGGGUUAAUGAUGGUAUGUUCUAUGUUUUCUUGUUCCUACUUCCCUUCCACCUCUAAACUUGUCACAGAAAACCAGAACAAACUACACCUCUUACAAACAAAAUAACUUCUAACAAAAUUUAUUUCUAAUGCUGCCUCUAACCAGAAAACACAAAUGUCAAACAAACGAAUCAACUUCUAACAAAUAUAUUCUUGUGCCAGCAACUUAUUUAUCUGAUUCCCAUAGUUCCCUGACCUGGGCUCAUCCUCUUAGUUUUCCCAAAUUACCACUGCCCAAAGUAGUGGCAAUAGACUCAGCUCUGCCUGGCCCAUGUCCCGUCCGCUUCUUCACUGUUGAGUGAGGUCACCACUUCCAACCCGUGUGCAUGGUUUUUUAUUUAUCCACAGACCACCACAAUGCAACACAUGGUUGUUCAGGUAGGGAGUGUAAUAUUCAAGGCAGGGAAAAGCAUAAAAAGUGUGGAUUCAUUUUAUUUUGUUAAUGCCACUCUGGGAACUGAGUUUGAAUGUUACCAGCAGAGAAACCUGCUGUUAUGUUUCAGGGUGCAGCUUGAUGAUGAUUGACUUGCUUUACCUGUUACAAUAAUUGUGAUUUCAACUAUUGUAUCUGAUUAUUGUAAAGUGGUUUGACUGGGCAGACUGUAUCAUUUUAAAAUUGCAGCUACACUGUUUGGGAUUUUUGUUAAAUUCCAUCAAAGGUGCUGCAGCAUACAUUGGAGAUGCAGUUUCUCUUUUCUUAAAUCUUGUUAACAAUCUGCGACUACCAAGUGAUGAAAUUCGUGGAGAGAUACUGUUCAUGCUGUACAAACUCUCCCUGUUAAAUGCUACCCCGUGGGACAAUAUAUGUGAUAAUGACAAUGUGGACCUUUCAGCAGUCGGAAAGAGUUUGCUUCAACUCUCGCUUGAAGUUCUACUUAAAACUCAAAAUGAUGCUGUUCGCCUGAACUGUAUUGCAUUGCUCCUUGCACUAGCAAAGAAGGAGGCCUUUGAUAUUUUGCUGCUUGGCGACCUGAGCUUAAUCAAGUCUGUAGAGGAAGAAGAGUCCUCGCAGACAGAUGAUGUGCCCCUGAAUGCCUCUAUCAUAGUUCUAUUUGCUGAUGCUGUCAAAGGAUCUCUGCUCUCUACGAAUCUAGAAGUGCAAACUGGGACAUUGGAUUUAAUCUUUCAUUUCCUGUCGUCUGAUGCAAAUAUUUGUGUUGUACUUCAAACUUUGAUAGAUGAAAAUGUUGCUGAUUAUGUAUUCGAGGUUCUGAGGUUAUCAGGAAAUAAUGAUCCACUGGUAAUUUCCUCUAUUCAAGUACUAUCACUUUUAGCGACUUCAGAGGAGAUGUUCAAAGAAAAGCUUGCCAUUGGAUUUUCUACUCUGCUUCCUGUUCUUCAUUAUGUUACUGAGAUUCCAUUCCAUCCAGUCCAGUCUCAGGUUUUACGACUUGUUUGGAUUUGUAUUGCUAAUUGUUCUGGCAUUCUGUCGUUGUCCCAAGAAGAACAGAUAGCAUGUACUUUGACUCUAAUUUUGAGAAGAAAUGACAGUGGUGAACUUGGAAUGUGUUCUGAAACCUUUGCUCUUGUUUGCUCAAUAUUAAUAGAGAUUAUGAGGUCACCAUCUGCUCAUGAUAUUCAGAAACUACCUUCAUUAAUUGAAGAAGCAUCAAAACAUGCUAUCUCUUCGACAUUACCUCAUGCGUAUGACUCUGCAUUUCUCGUACCACAUUCCCUUCGUCUUCUUAAAGAAGCACUUAUAUUCUGCCUUGAAGGGAAUACAGAUAAGAUUUCUGUCAAGAAGGAUCUUGAAGAUAGCGUCAUUGAAAUUUGUGGAACUUAUUUACUGCAUUGGCUCGAAACUGCUGUUGUUGAUGGUAAUGAUGACGAAACAUUGGGAGAAAUCCUUCAGAUUUUCCAUAUUAUUCUAUCAAGCACAUGUCACAAUAAGCAACUCAAGUUUGCUGAGAUGCUGGCAUCAUCCUCAUGGUUUAGCUUGUCAUUUGGAUUCAUGGGCUUAUUUCCUACCGAUCAUGUCAAAUCAGUAGUAUAUUUGAUCACUAGUUCAAUUGUCGACAAAAUUUUGGGCUGUAAAUAUGGGGAAACAAUUAGAGAUGCAUACGUAUAUCUGCCAUCAGACCCUACAGAACUUGUGUAUUUACUUGGGCAAUGUAGCUCCGAAGAUUUCAACUUGGCAUCAUGUCAAUGUGCUAUUCUAGUUAUACUUUAUGCCUGUUCAUUCUAUAAUGAAAGGCUGGUUGCUGACAGCCAACUUCUGUCUUCAGUUGAGCAAUACAUCCUUCUAAAUGGUGGGAAGUUUCCCUAUGAAAUUGCUGGUUCUGUGAUGCUUACUCUGCUGGUCCAUCUUUAUGCCUUCGUCAGAGGCAUUUCAUUUGGCUGCACCAUUCAACAUAGUCCAGAAGCUGAGAGAACUCUGUUCCAUGUAAUGGCAUGUAAGGAGUGGGACUUGCUUUUUAUCCGAGUCCACCCAAUAGCACUAAAAUGGCUCUUCCAGAAGGUAGAACUUCUAGAACCACUAUCUUUCCAGAUGCUAAAUUUCUGCAGAACUUUCUGUGAAGACAGAACUGUCGUGCUUUUAAACAGCAGUCAGUUGGUGGACAUAAAGAUGGUUGCAGAACUGGUAUUUUCAGGAGAGACUAGUCUCUCUUCUUUGCUUGUAUCCUUACUGAAUCAAAUUAUAAAGGAUGGUACAGAAGAUGAGCUCUUCUCAGUGGUUAAUGUGAUUGCUGAAAUCCUAGUGAUCUCUCCUUGUUCUUCUAGUCAUUUUACAUCAUCUGGUGUUAUAGAUGCAGUUGGUAGUAUAUAUUGCUCCCCAUAUUCUUCAAGGAUUAAAACAGUGUGUUCCCUUUUGAUCUUUAAUAUUUUAUACUCGGCAAGUGCGGUGACAGUCUACUGGGAAGAUGAAUGGCUUGCUCUUACCAUGAAGUUAUUGGAGUAUUUCAAUUCGAGUCUUGAUUAUACAUCGAGUGACCAAGAACAGAAGAUAUUAAUUGGGAUAUUUUGCCUUAUUUUGCAUCAUUCAGCAAGCAAGGUGCUCAUUGAGCCUGCGAAGGCCAUAAUCUUGAACAAACCACUGGUUUCUUUGACAGAUGGUAUAAUACAGGAAGCUUGUGCAAAGGGCCCAUCUUUACUUCAAUACAAUCAGGAAACAGACUUUGGGGGAUUCAUAAUUUUGAUUCUUCAAUUAGUGUUUUUCUCUCUAAGAAGUUUGCAUGCUAUCCUAGAUCCAAGUAUUGACUGGCAGGAAUUCCUCCAGCAUUCAGAUAACACCCAGUUUUUCUCUGUUGUUGGCAUCCCGUGCCAUGAUUUGUGCCGUCUGAUGCACUUCGGUCCAUAUCCUGUUAAGCUUAUUGCUUCACAAUGCCUGUUGGAAUUGCUUACCAGAAUUUCAAAUCAGAGGAGCUAUCUUAAUGCUGAAUUAAGAUGCUCUGCGCAAUACAUGAAGUCCAUUAUUGCUGUGAUAGAGGGUUUAGUUUUGAGUCAAGACAAUAGAGUUGCUGAAAAUUGCGGGUCCUGCCUCUCAAUGAUUUUAGGUUGGGAGAAAUUCGGAAGCCAGGAGAAUAUGGUGGGCAGAGAAUCAAAAUGGUCCAGGCUAAUAAUGGAGGAAUUUGCAGUUGCCUUGACUGCUCCUGGUUUGACGUCAAAAUCAUUCAGUAAUCAGCAGAAGAUUGCAUCAAAUAUAGCUGUUUCAUUGCUCAAACUAAGCCAAGUUCCAGAAUGGCUGACAUCAUUGUUUGAUAGUUCUUUGAUAUCUGGUGUAGUUGGUAAUCUUUCUGCUAGGAAUGUCACUGCAGAUAUUGUUAAGCUAUUCAGUGAGCUUAUGACUAAGAAAUAUCUCACUCAAGAGCACGUUGUCUCCCUGCAUAACUUAUUCCAGGUCUGCAGAAGACAGGUCUACGAGGGGAGUUGUUCGAAGUCGAAGUUGUCGGAGCAAAAGGCAGAAGAAACGGUGGCAAGGAGCCCCGACGAAGUGUGUGCAUUGCUCUUUGGCAUCGUGCUGAAUCAGCGUACAGCCUCGUGCACGUUGCAGAUGGAGCGGCAGAAUCUUCUGCGUGAGAUCGAUCUGUUCUUCCAGGAGUCGCGCCAAGGAGAGUAGCAUUAAGACCAGCUAACUUGUUCAGCUCGACCGAUCUUUUCCCACUAUGUAUAGUAUAGCCUCUAGAUGGUGCGCGGUAGUGCUCAUGUCCUCUGAACCCUGAGAAGUUUUGCAACUGCUUAUAUGAGAGUGGUGGUAUGCAACCUGUGCAAAUUUGUCAUGGAUCCAGCCUUGCAAUCUGAACGAGCAAGGAACACGGUUGAGAUAUACGGAGUAGAAUGGUGUUAAAGCUGAUGCUCCGACAAGCAAACUGAUAUUAUUUACUAUGGUUAAUUGGUUGUGCCAAUCGCUUGUACAGUGAGUGUGAAGUAUGCAAAGCCCAUUCCUUUUUGGGGAGUCCGAGCUCAAA